GGAAAAAAACAGCAAAUCUAACUAGCUAUCGGAGAUGUUUAAAUUCUAGCCAGUUCUUAAUAUUGUUAGCCAUCUUGCUACCUGACUCCAGUCUUUUCCUUUCAACCUUGCCUCUCCAGAACUGUGGCAAAAGGAUUUAUGAAACAGAAAAACUUUGAUCCCAAGGAGGUAGGUUAAGGAUGGUAGGAGAAAAGCAAUUGAUAAGCAUUAAUGAAAUGCUUACUAUGUUCCAGGCCUUGGGGAUAAAAUAAAAAGAAAUGAAACAAAGGAGUUUAUGUUCCAUCAGGGUGACUACUAUAUAGGGAGGAAAGGAAUGAGGAGAGGCUUAGUGUAGAAGGUGGUACAUACUUGAAGUGAGGAGUUCCAUAAGGCAUAAGUGCAGAAGGGGGCACAUCUUGGAAUGGGGAUAGGUCACUAACAAGGCACAGAGACGGGAGAUAGUACCAGUUGUGAAGAAUAGAAAAAAGGUCAAUUUAGCCAGAUUGGUGUGUGGGAAAGGGGAAUAAUAUAUAAUGGAGCUAGAAAGAUAAUUUGGGGUUCAGUUAUGAAGGGCUUAAAAGGCUGACCUAGAAUGCCAGGCCUGGAGUUGUGAGGACCUGGUUUCAAAUCUGGUCUCGCAUACUUCCUAGCUAUAUGACCCAGUAAAUCACUUAAACUUGCCUAGCCCUUACCACUCUUCUUCCUUAGUGUUGAUUCUAAGACUGAAGGUAAGGGUUAGAAAAAAACCCCCAAAUUUUAUAUAUUAUGCCAAAGAUAAUGGGGAGCCACUAAAGUUUAUUGAGUAGAAGAGAGACAUAGUCAGAUCUGAGCUUAAGAGAAAUCUCUUUGGCAGCUAUAUGGAAGCUGAAUUGCUGUGGGGAGAGACUUGAGUUCUGAAGACCAAUUAAGAGACUAAUGCGAUAGUGGAAGCAAGAGGUGAUGAGGGCCUGAACUAAGGUUUCUCUGUGAAGAGAGAGGAGGAGUCACAAGCAAGAAAUGUUAUGGAGAUAGACCCAGUAAGAUUUGGCAACUGUUUGGAUAUAUGUGGGGUGAGGGAUAAUGAAAUGUUAAGUAUAGCUCUGAGGUUAUGAACAUGGAAACCAGGAAAAAUUAACAUGCCUUUGAUAGAAGUAGGGAAGGUUUUGAGGGAAAAGAUAAUGAAUUUUGUUUCGGACAUGUUGAGUUGAAAUGCCUGUGAGAUGUCCCGUUUGAAGGGUCUACUAUGGGGUGGGGGCAGGGCGGCUGGAUGGCUCAGUGGAUUGAGAGCCAGGCCUAGAGACACUUAACCCCCAUUGCCUAAUCCUUACUGCUCUUCUGCCUUGGAACCAAUAAACAGUAUUGAUUCUAAAAAGGAAGGCAAGAGUUUAAACAAAUGUCCACUAGGCAAUUGAUGUAGGAAUGAAGCUCAGGGGAAAGACUAGGGCUGGAUUUAUGAAUUGAUAAGAGUCAUCUACAUGGAGAUGAUCAUUAAACUCUGGAGAGCUGAUGAGGUCAUUCAUUGAAAAGAGAAGAGGGGAAGGCCCAAGAGUGUUUCUUAAGAGAAACACCCAGAGUUAAGGAAUAUAAUUGUGGGUGAGAAGCCAGCAAAGGAAACUGAGGAGUGGUCAGAGAUCUACUAUUGUGGGAGAACCAGGAGAGAAAAAUGUCCUGAAAUCCUAGAGAAGUCAAAGUAUUUCUCUAGGAAGAAAUUAGGAUGCUGGUGGCCAGCAUCCUAAACAGCAGAGAGGUCAAGGAUGGAGACUGAAAUGACCAUUGGCUCUCUUCACUGUCCUUAUCACCUCCACACAGGCAUUCUAGAACAGGGAGAAAGGACUGGUUCUAGAAUGAUUUUUUUCAUGAGACAGGAUCAAGGCUAGAAACAUUCUAAAAUUUUCAAUAGGGAAAAAAAGAAAGGAAGAAACUUUUCUAUUUGAGCUCUUCUUCCUCUACUGAAAGAUCCUUUAGGAACUUAGCUGAGUGAGUGAUUCCUUCUUAACUUUACACCUACACAUAGCAUCAUUUGUUAGGAGACUUCUUUAGAGUUCAAAGCUCUAAAGCCCCUGGGUUUUACUACUUCCUUUCCAUUGAACUCUUUGGCUUUGUCAGUAUGAGUCUGGUCCACACCCCUCUUUUGCUGCUUUGGGCCUGGGGAAGUUUCUGGGCUUUUGAAUUCGUAGAAAAGGAAAACAUUUUUCAGAAGACUUCUUGCCCUGCUUUCUUGAUGUUUGAUAAUGCAGCCUACCUGGCUGACAUGAGCUUUGAGCUCCCCUGUCACUGCAAGCCUGAGGAGGUAUCAACUGUAGUCUGGUACUACCAGAAGUACAUAGGGAGUCGCCACACCAGAGUCCUAACGGAUUUUGAUGGACGAGUGGUGGUUGAUUCGGGGCACAUCAGGGUGGGCAGCAGCAUGUUGGCCCGCUUUAGCAUCCAAAUGUUCAGCUUACUAGUGUUCCGGGCACAGCCUGAGGACUCAGGGCUAUACCUUUGUGGGACACGCCAAGGUAACUAUUUCUAUGGCUAUGAUGUGGACAUACAAAGCAGUCAAAACAUGUUGGCAACAUUCAUUGACCAAGGCCAAAAGCCUCCUAAAGAUGAGAAGCAUGGGACCCUCCACAUAUUUACUACCUUCUGGGAGUGGACCCACUGUGAUCGCUGUGGUGUCCGGGGAGAACAAUGGCGGAUUGGUCUCUGCUAUCUGAAUAAACCAGGCCUCUCCCCCCGGGUCCGGAAGACCCUCCCUGAUGUGGUAUCUUGUGGCUCCCAAGCAGUGCCCAAGAAUAUUCAAAAUAUGGCAGAGAGGCACCAUCCACCUGAGCUAAUGAUCCGAAGUUGCAUGGUACCCUGCAAGAAGAAGAAGAUCCAGGUGGGACUGAUGGCCAUCUAUACUUUCAUCUCAAAGAAGAACAGGAAACCUUGGAUUCCCAAAGUACCCAUUCAAUUCCACCAACAGAGGCUUGGCCAUGGGCUUAUCAUCUCCUGUCCUGGGGCUCGUCCAGAACAUGCUGUGGCCUGGGACAAGGACAACUUCCGUCUAUACCGUACCAGUUUCCUGAAGGGAGUCAACUGGUCCAUGCGUGUAUUCAUUGACCAUGGCAACCAACUUCAUAUCCGAUUUGCCCAAUUGAAUGACAGGGGAAUCUAUUACUGUUGGCGAGAAGGGGAGAUGGUAGCAGGUUUCCGGUUGGCUGUGACAUCCUGGGGUCCACACCAUGCUUCUCUCUCUGACCCUGAAACUCAAUAUGCCCUAAAGGCUGCCUUGAUAGGCUACCUGUUCCUUACAGCUGCCUUCAUUCUUAUCCACUUAUGCCGCUGCUGCGGUGACCUUUUUCUGCUGCUUUUAUCUAUAGACUUCUCCCUAGGACCUUGAAGACCAAUUAUUUAUUAAAUAUACUAGUUAAAUGGUUAGAGUUCUAAUGGUGCUGUGCCAUGGGUGAGAAAUGGAGACUAGGAAAGCAGGAACACAUACUGCUGGUUACAACUCCCUCACUACUAUUGAAUGAAUAGUAUCAUUAGCCUAAACUAGGGAAAUGGAGAGAGUAGAGAUAAGGGUUUGGGACCAGGAACUGACCUCUUCUCUCUUCCCCUAACUCCUCUGGAGUCAGAGCCAAGAGAGAAGGUCUUUCAUCUUCCCAUAAAAGAUGGUCAUGUGGACAUUUGGUUUGGUAGGGGGAGAGAACAGAUAUGGCUACAUUGAUGGGGGAGGAUUUGGGGAUCUAACUGAUUCUUUUGGAAGAGACCUCAGAUAAAAAAAAAAUUUUUUUAAAUGUCUUGUUUUUAAGUCCCCUUAAUUAAAUGGAGAGCGUCCCAAUGAUUCUUCACUGUGAAUAUGAAGUGGAGAUUAGAGAAGCAGCAACACACACUGUUGUUAUAACUCCCCAACCUCCAAUUGAAGGAACAGUAUCAUUAGCAGAGACUAGGGAAAUGGAGGGAGAAGAGACAAGGGUUUGGGGGGCAGAGUGACUGUGAUGAGGCUGGCACUGUCUUAUUCAAGCCUUGGACCUGUUCUCCCCUCUCCUAUGGGAGAUGUGUAAGGUGUUAGAGCCAAGGGAUGGGGUCUGACAUCUUUCCCUUCCUUUUCUCUUAUUCAGUGACCUUUCCUUGUAACACAUCAUUAAAAAGGAGGGGAAAAAACAGCUCAUUAAAGCUAACUAAGC